AUGCCCGCCCUCAACAAGCGAUGGACCUCGUCGCUGUCCAUCGCCGCCGUCUUCCUCUUCUGCCUCAUCCUCCUGCACAAUAACAGCAGCUCGCGACCUCUGCCUCUCCCCCAAUCCCGCCUCUCCCGCUCGCAGUGCCCGUCCACACCACCGUCCCCUGCAUACACCCGCUCCAACCCCGACGACGGCUUCAGCUGGCGCGACAUCCCCGUGCAAUUCCCCGUCUCAAACCUCAUCUCCCUCCCCAUCGACACCCCCAGCACCCUCCCCGAAAUCCAAGCCCGCUUCACACCCGCAACCCUCGAACGCGAAACCCUCCGCAAGUCCCGCCAAUCCGCCGUAAAAGCCACCUUCCAGCGCGCAUGGCACUCCUACGAGAAACACGCCUGGAAGGCCGACGAGCUGCGCCCUCUCUCCGGCGGCUCCCGCAACAACUUCGGCGGCUGGGGCGCAACCCUCGUCGAUAACCUCGACACGCUGCUCAUCAUGGACCUGCACGACGAAUUCGAGCGCGCAGUGACCGCCCUCCUCGACGUCGAUUUCUCGCCGCACUCCUCGUCCCAAUCGACAAUCAACAUCUUCGAAACCACAAUCCGGUACCUGGGCGGCUUCAUCGCGGCUUAUGAUCUCAGCGGUUGCAGCGACGUUCGUCUCCUCGAUAAGGCUGUCCAAAUCGCGGAUAUGAUCUAUGCCUCCUUCGACACCCCAACCCGUAUGCCUGUCACCCGCUGGAACCCCCAUAAAGCAGCCGGCGGCGAAUCCCAGGCCCCCGCCGCCAACGGCAUCAUCGCCGAGCUGGCGAGCUCGAGUCUCGAACUUACCCGUCUGUCGCAGCUCACGGGGGACAUGCGGUAUUUCGACGCGAUCUCGCGGAUCACGGAUACACUGGACGCACAGGCAGGCAAAACGAGAGUUCCAGGAAUGUGGCCUGUGGGCAUCGAUGUCGCGAAGCCGGAUUUGACGAGGUCGUCGACGUUUAGUUUUGGCGGGAUGGCCGAUUCGGCCUAUGAGUAUCUCCCCAAGGAAUACCAGUUGCUGGCUGGUUCUGGUUCUGGUGCUGGCGCUGGCGCUGGGACCAGGGCGCAGCAGUAUAGACAUCUAGCGGAGAAUGCCCUGAAUGCUGGAUCGGAGUAUCUCCUCUUCAGACCGAUGGUGCCUGACCACGCGGAUAUCCUCUUACCAGGGAUCGGGCACGCGACGGGGCGAAACGAGGUCCAGCUCGAGACGCGGAGUGAGCAUCUAGCCUGUUUCGUGGGUGGGAUGUACGCGCUUGCCGGGAAACUGUUUCCGGACUCCAAGGCUGAUUUCCUCGGUACUGGGAAGAGACUCACCGAUGGGUGUAUCUGGUUUUAUAAGAACUCGCCGCUGGGGAUCAUGCCGGAGAUGUUUAGUGUGUCGCAGUGUCCCCGGCGGACGGAGUGUGUUUGGGAUGAUACCCAGGAGGAUGUGUACACGUACGUCCGGGACAAGAAUUACAAGCUCCGUCCUGAAGCGCUGGAGAGUGUUUUCUACAUGUGGAGGAUUACAGGGGAUGAGAUGUACCGCGAGGCGGCGUGGGAGAUGUUUCAGGCGAUCGAUGCGGUGACGAAGACGGAGUUUGCCAAUGCGGCGGUGCGUGAUGUUACCGCUGAUAAAAAGGAUGUGGAGAUGGAGGAUAGUAUGGAGAGCUUUUGGAUGGCGGAGACGCUGAAGUAUCUUUACCUCAUCUUUAGCGAGCCGGAGCUUGUCAGUUUGGAUGAGUUUGUGUUCAAUACUGAGGCCCAUCCGUUUAGGAUUCCGAGGUAG